GGGUUGUUCCAUAAGAGAGCAUCACACAUUUUUUUAAAAAAUAUGGACUACAGUUGCUUCUGGGACCUCUCCAGGAUUAGGAGCCUUGAAAGGUCAGCUUCAUUAGUUGCAUAGUAGAUCUGCCCCUGCCACGCUGAGUGGGGAUUCAAACCCUGAUCUCCAGAGCCCACCUAAUCCAUCACUCUCUCCCUUACGCCAUCUAUUAACGGCAACUUUCAUGAGUCAUCAAAAAAGAAAGAGAAGAAAAAGUCUGUGAGUUUAUUUGGCUUCUAACCUCUCAGAAAAACAGGGUAGCUUUCAAAUCUUGCAGCGCUCCUUGUCAACCUGGUGGUUAUAAAACCUGGGAGGAGAGAGGAAAGGGGAAAGUGUUGUUGUUUUUUAAGUCAUCUUGGCCAGAUGCUGAGGCCAGACGAGCCUUUUCAAAGGAAUCUGCUCCACAGGGGAGAAGCAGCUGCCUUUCAAGAUCCUUGCAAUUGACUCACCAUAACGCUUCAGAGAGAUGGAGAUCAGCCAGUCCUGGUGGCACCUCUAAAAGAGGGGCCAGAGGCAGCUCAGAGGGGAAGAGAAAUCGAGGAAAGGAAAGCAACAGCGGAUUCUCCCAGGCUCAGGAACAGCGGUCAUGGUGGAGGCUUUCCAGCAAGAUCUCACUUGCUCAAUCUGCCUGGAUUUGUUCGUUGAGCCGGUGGUGCUCAGGUGUGGACAUUGGUUCUGCCGAAAAUGCAUCACUUCGUGCUGGGUUACCCAAGAGAAAGUUGCCAGCUUUUGCCCUGCUUGUCGGGCACCCUGUCCUUACAGGGAGUUUCAACCGAACCGGCUGCUGGGAAACCUAGCAAAAAGAGCGCGGGAAAUACAAGAGGCAGCAAGCAGAGAUGCUGCCAAGGAAAAUGCAAAGGCUGAGGAGAAAGAGCCAGAGAAGGCAAGAGAAGGUGGACAGAGGAGGCAAUGUUGUGAAGUCCAUGGAGAUGAUCUCCUGCUUUUCUGCACUACGGAUGAGACUUGCAUUUGCUCUCAGUGUGUCAACUCAGCUCUCCACACUGGACACAGUUUCAGCUCCUUGAAGGAUGGGGCCGAGACCUACAAGCAGAAGCUGUCCAAAGCCUUGGAGCCCCUGGAGAGCAGAGUUAAGGAACUAACAGAUUGUGAAAAGGGCCAGAAAGAAGAAAUACGCUCCUUGAAGGACUCAGCGGCAUCCUUACGCACAAACAUUGAGGGCAAGUUCUGUGAGCUGCACCAAGCCCUGCGAAACAGGAAAGCUGCCAUGCUUACAGAACUGGAUAAUGAUGAGAAAGUUGCACACAAAGAUAUGGAUUCUCAUUUGCAACAGAUCCAAGAGAGUCUACGUGCUGCCAAGGAAAUGUUACACCAGGGAAAAACAUGCAUGGCACGGAACAACCCGUGCAGCUUCCUCGUGGGUAUACGUCCGUUUCUGGGCCUACUAAGAUCACAGAAGGAGGCGACACCUAAAGGAGACGAGAACCAUCUUGGUGUUCUUUGCUGUCAACUCUCCCCAGGCAAGUUCAAGGGUCCCGCUCAGCACCUGGCCUAUAGACCACUGUAUCCUGUCUUUGCACAAGAGUUAGAAAGUAUUCAGCUGGAUCCCAAGACUGCUCAUCCUGAGCUUAUCAUCAACGACAAUGGAACAAGUGUCUGUAGAAAACCAAGAGUGACCCACAUCUAUUAUAUGCAGAAUAAAAAAGAACCAAACUCUGAGACGAAGGACGUGUGGACUGUGCUUGGAACAACUGGCUUCAUUUCAGGCAAACAUUAUUGGGAAAUAGAGACUCGAACUCAAAACCAGUGGUUUAUUGGUGUAUCUUUAGAGUCUGCCAGAGGAAAAAAAUGUCUUGAAGAUUUAAAGCACAAGAUCUGGGGUGUACAUCAAAAAAUUAUGAAGGAAACUAGCCCUGAUGGUCCGCCACGUUGUCGGAUUGGAGUGUACCUAGCUUAUGAGGAAGGCCAAGUUUCUUUCUAUAAUGCAAGUGAUGGGUCUCACCUUCGUUCACAGAGGGCCUCGUUUAAGGAGAAAGUUUAUCCUUUUUUUUGUCAUCCUGCAGACGAUGCAUUAUCUCCAUUCUUUAGAAUUUGUCAGAAAUAGAAAACAGCUGCAUUUGAAAUGUAAGCUGUUUCUGUGCCAGAUGUUCUCCUGCAGCUUCAGUUAUUUAUUCUGCCUAUUAAUUCUUUAUGAGUCUUUCUCCGAUGAAUGGGACAAAAGGUGGAUCACAGGAAAAGAGCAGGAAUAUGUUAAAUGAACAAAAAUAGAAAUAAUGAAAGCAUAGUUUAGAUCCACAGAAAUUAAAAUAGCAUCCAGUUACUUUUUUAAACUCUCCAUUUAAGAGCUCUCUAAUUCACCCUUAGUCGUGGUAGUAAAAUUGGUAUGAUAUGAAUCUACAGUCAUCGUACAGAAGUAUACCUUUGACAUGGCUUUGUUUGAAUACCAGAUCUCCCUGAUCCAUUAAGACAGUAUUUGGCACCAUGUUGGGAAAACAGUAAACGUAGGUAUACAGACAAGAUCCAAGAAGGAAGGGAAACUCUGACAGUCCAUGAACUUGAUAAAUUGAAGGCCGUAAGAUUACCACUGGAAGGAGGAAAUCUCAGCUCUGAUAGUAAAGAGUUGGCUCAGAGUGCAAAUUUUGGAGCCAUACCUAAAAGGAAAACAGCAAAAGAAGAGGCUACACUGCUAGCUGAAUUUUUUUUUAUAAAAUGGAGAACAUGCAUUGGAAAUUAAAUCAGAAAUGGGGAAACUAACACAGAAAAAUACUACAGCAAUUUUAAAAGAUUUGACUGUGACAAUGGAGAAAACUGAUUGAAAUGAAAGCAGAGAUAUACAAAGCACUACUGGAAAUUAAAGAUGAUAUUGAAAUAUUGGGCCUAAAACUUAAAAGAGGUUGAUCCAACGACGUCUAAUGAUGUCAGAGGAAGGGGUGCCUUUGCACACAUCCACAGGGCCAUUGUCCUAUAACUACAGUCUCAUUACAAGUUUAAUGCUACUCGGUUAAAAAAAAAAGCAGGUUCAGUUGCUGCAUCCCUUCAGUUGCCCCCAAAGCAGUUCUGAAUAAUUGGAAUCAAUUUUCUAGAUUGGGAGUGAAUUCUAGGUGGAUUUGAACCACAAAUCUUUCGUCCUUGAAAUAAAGCUCCGGAACGACAGACCCCCAACUUUGAUCCGUCUUGAAUUAUCUUUGUAAUUUCUCCUGUGCUCCAGAGGGUCCCGAUGGAACUGGGCUGAGAUUGUCUUGAGAUCAGAUGGGUGUCAUCACUGUAAGGGUUAAGGUAUAGAGCUAGACCAGACCAUUAACGGCCUUCCUCUCUUUUGAUGUUAGCCUAUCAUUACCUUGGUAGGGGUUGCAAUCUGCUCAGCUGUGCAAGUCUUUUACUGCUGCUAUGAGGUCUCUACUUUGUAAGGAACGGCUUAGGCUGAGUUAUCUUCAUUAUUUCUCUCGUUGCGAUUGUUCUCAAGCUGUCUAAAGACUUGGCUUAAGUAUUCCUUCUGCCUCAUUGGGCAUGUCCUAUUCUUUAAAUAAAAUAAAACCUUC